GCCCCGCCGGCUCCGCCUCCCGCUCUCGCCGCGGAGUCGCUCCGGUCUCGCCGCUCCCCUCCUCCGCCCCGCGUCCUGACUCUCUUCCCUCCUUUCCCUCAGAGGAUGUCCGCCUUCCAGAUCAACCUCAACCCGCUCAAGGAGCCGCUCGGCUUCAUCAAGAUCCUCGAGUGGUUUGCCUCCAUCUUUGCUUUUGCCACCUGUGGUGGGUUUAAGGGCAAAACAGAAAUUCAAGUGAACUGUCCUAAAGUUGGUGUCAAUAAGAACCAGACUGUGACAGCUACUUUUGGUUAUCCAUUCAGGUUGAAUCAGGCAUCAUUUCAUACACCUCCAAAUGUCAGUGUGUGUGACGUGAACUGGGAAAAGCAUGUUCUCAUAGGUGAUUACUCCUCUUCUGCACAGUUCUACGUUACGUUUGCAGUCUUUGUGUUCCUGUACUGCAUUGCUGCCCUUCUGCUCUAUGUUGGUUACACGAACCUCUACCGGGAUAGUCGCAAACUGCCCAUGAUCGACUUUAUUGUUACUCUUGUUGCUACUUUUUUGUGGUUGGUGAGUUCCUCAGCCUGGGCUAAAGCUCUUACAGAUAUUAAAGUAGCUACUGGACACAGAAUUGUGGAGGAACUUGAAAUUUGUAAUCCAGAAUCAGGAGUGUCAUGUUACUUUGUCUCUGUGACUAGUAUGGGCUCCCUGAAUGUAUCCGUGAUCUUUGGCUUUCUGAAUAUGAUACUUUGGGGAGGAAAUGCUUGGUUUGUGUACAAGGAGACCAGCUUACACAGUCCGUCAAAUACGUCAGCUUCCCACAGCCAAGGCGGUGGCCCACCCACUUCUGGAAUGUAACUAAGGGGAGAAAUACACUGUAUGAAAUGUGUGCUCUAGCAUGCCUUGUUGCCAACACCUUGAAAAGCAUUAUUGUUUCUAAUAAAAAGUAAUGGCUUUUUCAGUAAAUUGGUGGGUUUAAAAAUUUGCUGCUUUUCUACAUAAAAUGUGCCUUUUCUAGAAAUUUAAGAUGUAAAUGUAUUUUUACAUGAAAGUUUGAAAAUUCGGGAGCCUGUUAUGAGAUGAUGUUACUUUUAACUGAACAAUAAUUUAACUAAGUUGCUUCUAAAGUGUUUACACCUUAAACUUUAACAUAAACCUUCAUUCAGAAAACAGUUAUGUCGUAUCAUAAUAUAGGAAGAAUGUGUUUGGAAAAUACACUACUGUUAGUUUGUAUACAUUAGAUCUUUCAGGCUUGGCUUGUUUAAAGAAAACCUUGAUUGCAUAAAUCAUAUUUAGAAAAAAAUUAGUGCAAUUUUAUAUUUGAAUAUUGUUCAUGUUAAAAUUUUUUUGAAUUGCAAAGACUGGGUAUAUAUUUUGUUUCUGUUUUUUCUAAAUGAUCUGCUGUACUUAUUAGGUGUACUAAAAUUGUCUUAGAAGCGAGGGUUUGAAAAUUGUACAAAUGUGUAGAGGUAACUUUGCACUUGUGCUGCAUGGGUAUAUCCAUUAUUUCUGGUGGUUUCUUAGGCUUGCAAAGAGCACGGUUCCCAAGACGGGUUUAUACACGUAGGCGUUCUCCAUCAGGCUUGUUUACUAUCUUUUGUUCAUACCAAGAGAAAAAAAUCUACUUUUUUUUUCCAGACCCUGUUUAGAGGGUUACUAAAAAUUAAGGUUGCCUUUUACGUUUGAAAUGUUUAACAUUUAGUCAAUGAUGUUUCUUCUCCUGAGUUUAACAUUGAUAUUGUGAAAAUAAAUGCAGUUCAGAUUUAUUUCUUAAGAUUCAUUCUUCACAAAAGGGUGAUUAAGGAAUUAUGCUCAUAAAGGAACCUAAGCAAGCUGUAUUGUGUGUGUGCUGUGUGUACACACAUUUGUGUGUGCUCAGAAUACAUGCUUUCUGCUCCUGACUUUUUGUUGUACAGGAUUCAGAUUCCUAGUCCUACAAGAUGAUGUUUGUGUGUAAGGCACACCUUUUUUGUUGCUUUAUUCAUGACAAAGUGUCAGUUUGAGAAUGUAUGUUUAAUAAGCAAACAAUAAAGAAGUGAAAAUAAAGAAUGCCCCGUUGUUAUAUUACAAUGAACUCUUCAUCCUAAAGGUAUAAGCAUUGCAAAAUGGAACCUCUUUUCAAAGCAGGAGAUAGAAUUACAAUAGUAAUUUUAAGUGCCAAUAGAACAGACUAAAAUGGUUCAGACAUUUCAUUCUUGUUUGAAAAAUAUUUAUAACUAUUAGAUUGUCUUCCUGGUAAAUAUUUUAUAAUUGGUCACUCAAAUAGGGAAGAUUACUGACUGAGGGCAUACAACUUCCAGGCCUGUUUCCAUAGUUCAGUUGGAAGACUGCUUGUCUAGCUAGCCCCGUCCAUCCUUCUGCACUACUGCAUACAUAAGCCAACGAUGGCAGCCCAAGCCUCAAAUCUCAGCACUCCAUAGUUUAAGAUCAUCCUUGCCUGCUUGGGGAGUUCAAGGCUAGCCUGGGCUAUAUCAAUCAGUGAGGAGUACUCUUUUCCUGCUCUCUCUCUCUCUCUCUCUCUCUCUCUCUCUCUUUACAUAUACCAUCUUUUCCUCCCUCCUCCUUCCUCCUCUUCCUUUUUCCUCUUCACCUCCCCAUCCUGAAGCGAAACUGCUGGGAUUAGAACCUGUCCUUGGCCAGCUCCCAAGCUGGCUAACAAGGUGAAGCCUGUAUUUGUAUCUGAAAACAUGGAAAUAAAGAAUAUUGACCUUGGACUGGAGAGAUGGCUCAGGGGUUAGGAGCACUGACUGCUCCUCCAGAGGACCCACAUGACAUUUAAUAACCAGCUAUAACUCCUAGGAGGAUCUAAUGUUCUCUUCUGGCUUCUACAGGUAUUACAUACAUUCACAGACAGUAUGCAUGCAGGUAAAACAUUCACAUAAACUUAAACUGACUUCAAAAAAAAUAUGAAAAGCAAAUGGGUCUAGAGGUUUUGAAAUGUCUUCAGCACAGGUUCUCCAUAAAUGUUAGUUGUGUCUAAGACAGCCUGGAGUCCAAGGGGCUAGGGGACACAGGCUGAGAAGCGGAAAAAGCUUUAAGCAUCUAAGUUUUUCCUUUGGUAGUGUUUACAAUUUGGUUUCCCUUAAUCAAUCCUAAGUGUUUGGGUGUAUUUGUUUUUCUGUUGGUGCAGAUAUUGGCAAGGCUAAUGAAAUUAAAAAAAAAAAAAGUAGUCCAUUGAAAUGAGAGUAAACUCAGAAAGGGCUCCUGCUAGCCUCCCCUCCCCGCUGUUUUUUAGGGAACAUUGUAGAGGCAAUUUCUAGGACAGAAGUGAUAAGCUUUAACUUCCCAGAAGACAAGCUGCAGAGAGACAGCUAACAGACUCGUUACUAAUUGUUUUUAAAAAACAUUCACCUAGAUAAAGAUCUUUAAAUGUGUAAAAGGUAGGGGUAGAAUUACAUGGUAUUUUGUGUUUGGGCAUAAUUAUAAUUUUUAUGUAAUAUUUCCAGAAACAGGUGCCUGUAAAAUCAUACCGAAGAACUUUAUAUGUACCAGAUUUUUAAAAGAAAUAAAAUAUUGCUAGAAGAACUUGUUCCUCAUGGAGAUAGAAUUGGUACAGAUAGCUCAGAAUGAAUAUUCUCCUCAGUACUUGAUGCUGCCGGGCCACUCGUCACUGCUCUGAGUUUGAAGCGUCAUGUUUGUUUUAAAGCCUGUUUGUGGUUGCUGUUGAGGCUGACCUCCCUUUAGUUUAGUUACAGCUCCUCUGCUUCUCCUGCCUUCCCUUCUCAAACCCUUAGCUGAGUUUUCUUCUGUGAGACUUUCUCUGUGGAUGUACACAGUUCCCUACAUCACCUUGGUAGUAACCCCUUGGCGUUUCCAUGGCUGCAGUGUUCGCCCCAUCUGUGGCUUGUAUUUUCACUGGAUUUUGUCAUAUAAAUUUGUAAUUUCUUCAUUUCAAUGGUAUGUAACUACCUUCCUGGUGGGUUUAGUUUCUGCAAUGGUUUUGGCUGUGGUGAAGUCACAUAUUCCUGUAUACAUUUUAGAAUCCUCUUAUCAAGCUCCUAAAGACCCUUUGUGAGGUUUCAGUUGUGAAGAAUUGCAUUGAAUUUGUACAUCAGUUAAUUUGUGAAGAAUUGUCAAAUUUAUAAUGCCACAGUUUUGUAUUUAUAAACAUGGUAUAUUUCUGCAUUUUUAUUUUAUGCUUUCCAAUAAAGUUUUAUAAUUUUCUACAUAAAGAUUUAAGAUUAUACUUAGCCUCAAGAAUUUUCAUGCUGUUUACACAAUUACAUUAGAUUAUAUUUUGAAUUGAGUUGUAAUUGUUUAUUGCUGUUAUAUAUAAACAACAUGUAUAGGUUUUUACCUACUGAUAAUUAUAGAAGUUGGCAGUUUUUCAAACCUUGAAUUUUUAAUAUGUAAAUUAUCCUGGUAUUUAAUGUUUAUCAUCUACAGAUGUUGAUAGUUUUAUCAUGUUUGGAAAUUACACAUUCUAAAUAUUCUCUAAUUAUAAAGUGAUCUUCAAGAAAACCUGUUUUAAAAGUAGAAAAAGUACAUUUACCUGACAUACUGACUGAUAACUGCUUCAGUACAUCACUUGUAAUGACAGAUUUGCACUGUUGUAUAUUGGUAGUUGUAGUAACGUAAACUGGUCAGAUCGAUUGGUUCUUUAUAGAGUUGAAUUAAACCGAUCACAGUGAGAAUG